AUGCCACGUCGGCUCAAAGAAGCCAUCGACACCGGCUGGACCCUCGUCAGAUCUUGGAUCUCGGCCAUCGCCGCGGAGGCUUCGAUCGUCGACGCGAGAGAGGCCAUCACCAUGACCCGCGAUGACCGCAGGAUCGCCGCGGCACAUAGGCCUUUCUGCAUUCUCCAGAGCCCAAAGGGAGUGAGCGAGUGCUCGGCGUCCGUCAGGAUGCGCAUCUAG